UUUAAGUUCACUGUGGCGCCGCCUUACUACAACAAAGCUUUUUACGUUGAAAUUCUUGUGAAAAAAUGCUUAUCCCUGAAUUCUUUAUAGAUAUGGACGUAAAACAGUCUGUAUUCUUGGUUGGAAGUAAAAGAAACCGUGCAGGUAGCAUUUAUAUUAUGUAAACAUGUUGAAUGUGCAGCUCGUAUUUAAGUUCACUGUGGCGCCGCCUUACUACAACAAAGCUUUUUACGUCGAAAUUCUUGUGAAUAAAUGCUUAAAUCCCUGAAUUCUUUAUAGAUAUGGACGUAAAACCGCUUUCUUGGUUAAAAGCAAAAAACUGGGCGGUUAGCAUUUAUUUUAUAUAAAUAUUGCGAAUUAUGACACCAAUGGCUAGCUGGUAAUUUCUCCCUAUCAACUUUUUUCACAACGUUUCAAAAUGCAUGCAUGGUACGAAAAAUAUGAUAAUUACCUUGAAUCCUCGAACAAAUUACUCCUGGGACAAUCCUUCCUGUUUGUAUGCGGUACAGCUUUUGUACUUUUUCAAUCUAAAUCCGGCGUCAGAUCGGUGCAUGUGUUUGAGAACAACUUCGACCGUCUGAAGUAGAGUGUGGGACGGCUCCCUACUUGAAGGCGUGACGCAGUGUCUUGGGAAUGUGUCCCGUCAAUAUCAUUAUGAAGUCUCUGUUUGAGGAAUCUGAGUGAGUGAAUUAUUUUCAGCACCAUUGACAGUUCUAGACGUCCAAUCCAUUUUGACUGGGAGGGGCGAAUGAAUGAACGUCAAUGGCAGCCAAUCACUUCAAUCAGAGUAUUUUUACGAUUUCUGAUGUCUCAAAUAACUUCUUACCGACAACUUAACAUCUUCUCCCCACACUGAAGACGUUGUGAGUGAGACUUGCGUGUGUGUGCUUUCGCAGUCGGCCUCAUUGUUGUUUUAUGCAAAGCGUGUGGCGCGGGAUAGGGCGCGCGGCCAUGUAUGCAAAUGCGCUUCUGAGGCUGCCGGUGUACAGCGCCGCACAGGUGAGCCUACCUCCACUCUCCAAAAUGCCAAAGUAAGUCAAACGAGUAGCACCGCUAGAGGCCGAUUCAACUUUCUUGCAUCCCAAAACAUCCACUUAAGGUGAGGAAGAUGAGCGCUGACCCUCUGGAGCAGCCGGACUCACAGGCAGAGCAGACAAAACAAAAAGGAAUUGGCUUCCAAAGACAUAUAAAGACAGAGGAUAUCGGCGACUCGUCCCACCUGAGCUCCUCUCUGAAGACAUGUCACAUGACGCACAGUUCUUCCAUGCACGGCGCACACAUGACUGGGGACCUGACGUCUCUACACAACAUGCAGCCGCUUGUCCUGAUGCCGCCGUCCCACUUAUCAUCUACAUCCCCUUUCCUGCUCUCCCAGAAUCCCCCCAGCCACCAAGCUCUUCUGCAACAGAACAUGAUGUCGCUUCCCGGGCAGAAUCCAAGCGGGCUACUGCAGCAUCAGCACAGCUUGGCUUUGACCCCGCAGGCAAUAAGUCGUUCGGCCCUGGCGGGCCCGCCGAUGGACAGCCUCAUGGACGUUUCCCACCUGCAGAUGGCCAAACACAUAGUGCCCCCGCCUCAGGAAGAGCCCAGCGACCUGGAGGAGCUGGAACAGUUUGCCAAAACCUUCAAACAAAGACGCAUCAAACUGGGCUUCACGCAGGGUGACGUGGGCCUAGCCAUGGGCAAGCUGUACGGCAACGACUUCAGCCAGACGACUAUCUCUCGCUUUGAGGCGCUUAACUUGAGCUUCAAGAAUAUGUGCAAGCUCAAACCUCUGCUGGAGAAGUGGCUGAGUGAUGCAGAAAACUCUCCUUCGGACUGCCUGAGCAGUAGCACGUCCCUGCCGCCGCUGAUGGAAGGCUACGGCCGCAAGCGCAAAAAGAGGACCAGCAUUGACAGCAACAUCAAGUUAACACUAGAGAAGCGCUUCCUCGACAACCCUAAACCCAACUCAGAGGAGAUCACCAUGAUCUCAGAGCAACUAGCCAUGGAGAAGGAGGUGAUCCGGGUUUGGUUCUGCAACCGGCGCCAGAAGGAGAAGAGGAUUUACUGCCCGGUGACCAGUUUACCUGUCAAGACGCAGAGCUACAACUCCAGGAUGGCUGCCGCGGUGUCCAGAUCAUACAGCCCGCUGGCUUCAGGAGCAGUUUCAUCCAAUUCGUCUCCGAACUGCAUGAGUCGCGAUGUUUCUCCCGACAGCAUGUCCGUGUCCACGCCGCCUUUAACGUCUCAAGUCAACCCAGCGAUGUCUUACGGACCUCCGGGGUCGUGGCCCCGCGCUUGGAAUUCAACAGCAUACCUCCACUGAAACAAGGCAGCCACUUUUCGCUGUUUUUCGAAGGACGUACAAAUGAAGACUUUUGACGUGUUGGGAUGAUGAAGAUGAAGUCGGACUUGAGUGCUGUUGAGUCUAGCUCAUAAGCUGUAAAAGGACAACAAAAAAAAGGGCGGGGAUUGGGAGCAUAUUGCUGCUAUACCAGAAACAAAAGCUCACAAUGACGCGUAUUAAAGUUAAAACACGUUAUAUACAAUUUCACAUUAAAACAAAAUUCUAUUUUUCAAUCUUUUUUCCUCUAAAUGGUACGUAUCAUAGAAUAUCAUCAAUCAGUGUACUUCACUUCAAACUGGGUAAUUUAACUCAAAAAUGAAUUAAUGCGCGGUUUAAAUUAUUUGUGUUAUCUCAUACCCAAUGAGUCAAUAUGGCAGCACAUUUAAAUGAAAAUAAACACCCUGUUGUAACUUGCUACUGAGCUUUCUCUUCCUGGGGUGGUCAGCAAUAUGCUUCCAUUGUUGAAAUGUAAAGAUCUUGUGUAGGUGUAUCUGUCAACUCAGGUGUUAUUGUGUUUCCAUGCUGUUGUUAGGCAAGAAGCAGUAAAAGAAAA